AUGGCGUCAUCUUUUACGCAAAAUCUGGUACCCAACGACGUUAAUCGUUCAUCGAAGCCAAAGUCAUGUUCGUGUCUCAAUAUUACAAAAAUGAUUUUAGCUGCAUUGCCUACACUUGUGUUUGGUGUUUUCACAACUGUAUUCACUUUACAACAGAAUCUGGUGGCACGAGAAAAUCGCAAACAAGAUCAGCUGCAGGCCGAAGAGAAAAAUAUUCGUUCGAGCUUUGAAAACUUUAUAGACGAUAUAUCUGCGCUUUUACUCGAUCGAAAGUUUAACAGAAGUAAUCCUGAACAUUUAUUACAUAUUCGUAUUAAAACGAUGACAGUUCUUAGUUAUGUUGAUGCCGAUCGAAAAGUUGCUAUCAUUUGGUUUCUCUACGAAAGUCGCCUGUUACGAGCUGACCGUCCUGAAAAUGAACGAUUGCAUUUAAACGGUAGUGAUUUAAGUAAUCUUCAGUUCAUUGGCAGGCCGGCAAGUUUACUUUCGCUCUCCUUUUUGUAUUUACCCGGUGUCUAUGCAUCGAAUAUUGCUUUUCAAUGGUGUAAUUUGGUAGGUGCCGUAUUUAAUGAUGCAGUUAUGCCAAAUGCAAAAAUUAUUCACUCGUUGAUUCUUAAUAGUAGUUUUCGUCAAGUCUAUGCGCCUGGUCUCAUAUUGGGUGAUCUUGUAUUAUAUGGAAACGAUUUUCAAGGAGCUAUACUUCAUCGAGCAGAGUUUGCCAGUGGCAUAGAUAUAUUUGGAGAGAUCGAUUUGACGAAUUCUGAUCUACUUCAUAGCUUUAGAGCGCAGCAACUCGUAAGCGAUGCCAACAUAUUCGCAUAUCCUACGAUAAAUUAUCGCAAUGCACGCUUCUCCAAUGGCUCAUUUGGUCCAAUCGAUGAAUCGAAUCUUGUGAUCAAUGGAGGCGCAGAAGAUACAUGUCAAUCAAAAGAAAAUGGAACAUUUUGGGAUUCAAUAGCAUCCUGGCCACUUAUGACGAUAGGUCCUGUACACAAUGACAAUGACUCGUAUAUUUUGGACUCUUCCGUCUUAGGCAAUUGUUCAUUUUUUGCCCGAUCAUCGGGUGAACAAUAUCUCACACAAUACACCUUAUUAAUUUUGUUCUCUGUAUUGAUCGAUAGCGGCCAAGGAGCAUAUAAUAUAUCGGCAUAUGCGGGUUGCUUUGGUCAAGGAUCCAAUCAAAUCACUAUUAUCAUCAAUUUUUUUAAAGAUAAUAUGUUGACCCUUCGCAAACAACAAGUACUUAAAAUAGAAUCUGAGCCUCAACAAUGGACGAAUGUCACCGGAAAUAUUCCAGUCGACGCUCGUAUUAUGCAAAUAGAAAUUCAUUCGUUAAUAGUUAACUCAACAGGGUGGUGUCUUGUCGACAAUGUCAAGCUAAAUAUUUUCUACAAUAAAACUGGUCAGUUGAUUUUCAUAAGAUUGUGUUUUCAAUACGAAUCCUAA